AUGCCCCCAACACUUCUCACCUAUCUUCUCCUGGCCGUCGUCGCCGGCUCCGGCGCCGCGUCGGCCCGGCGCCACCGGUCUCCGGCGAACCUCACCGCCUCCGGGAACCACGUCUACAUCUGGCCGCUGCCCAAGAACUUCACCUCCGGGACGCAGACCCUGGCCGUUGACCCCGACCUCGCGCUCGACGCUCAGGGCCCCGGCGGCGGCGCCGCGGCCGUCGCGGAGGCGUUCGGGAGGUACAGGUCCCUCAUCUUCUCCCCGUGGGCCCACGCGGCCCGCCCCGUGUCGGGGGCAUACGACGUGUCCACGCUCACCGUCGUCGUCGCCUCCGCCGAUGAGACGCUGGAGCUGGGAGUGGACGAGAGCUACAGGAUCUACAUCGCGGCUGCGGGUGGCGUCAAUUCCAUCGUCGGUGGAGCAACCAUAGAGGCUAAUACAAUAUAUGGAGCUAUUCGCGGAUUAGAGACAUUCAGUCAGCUAUGUGUUUUUAACUACGAUACAAAAAAUGUCGAAGUGCGCUAUGCACCAUGGUACAUUCAAGAUGAACCACGCUUUGCUUUUCGUGGCUUGCUACUAGAUACCUCAAGGCAUUACUACCCUGUUGAUGUGAUUAAGGAAGUGAUUGACUCCAUGUCAUUUGCUAAGCUGAACGUUCUUCAUUGGCAUAUCAUCGAUGAACAAUCUUUUCCGUUGGAGAUACCAUCAUAUCCAAAUCUAUGGAAGGGUUCAUAUUCAAGAUCAGAGCGUUACACUGUGGAAGAUGCACAAUAUGUUGUCAGCUAUGCUAAGAAAAGAGGUAUCCAUGUCAUGGCAGAAAUUGACGUACCUGGUCAUGGAGAAUCCUGGGGAAAUGGAUAUCCGAAGCUGUGGCCUUCUCCUAGCUGUACAGAGCCAUUAGAUGUUUCUAGUAAUUUCACGUUUGAAGUAAUAUCUGGAAUAUUGUCUGAUAUGAGAAAGAUCUUCCCAUUUGGGCUGUUUCACUUGGGUGGCGAUGAAGUAUAUACAGGUUGUUGGAAUGUAACACCCCAUGUGAAGCAGUGGCUUGAUGAACGCAACAUGACUACAAAGGAUGCUUACAAAUACUUUGUGCUGAAGGCCCAGGAGAUAGCAAUUCAUCUUAACUGGAUUCCUGUAAACUGGGAGGAAACCUUCAACUCAUUUGGGGAGAACCUCAACCCUCUGACUGUUGUGCAUAACUGGUUGGGUCCUGGGGUCUGCCCUAAAGUUGUUGCAAAGGGUUUGAGAUGUAUAGUAAGUAACCAAGGUGCAUGGUACCUUGAUCAUCUCGAUGUUCCGUGGGAAGAAGUCUACGCCGAAGAGCCACUCGCAGGAAUAAGCGACGCCGCACAGCAAAAGCUGGUACUGGGUGGAGAGGUUUGCAUGUGGGGUGAGACAGCAGACACAUCUGAUGCUCUUCAAACAAUAUGGCCUCGAGCAGCUGCAGCUGCAGAGCGUAUGUGGAGUCCAUUGGAGGCCAUAUCUGCCCAAGACCUGGAAACGACCGUCCUGUCUCGGCUACACUACUUCAGAUGCCUGCUGAAUCACCGUGGAAUCGCGGCAGCUCCAGUCACAAACUUCUAUGCUCGGCGACCUCCAAUCGGCCCUGGCUCAUGUUUUAUCCAGUGAACAGGUAGUGAAAGUGUAGAGACACAUGAGGGGGUUUGGCCUCAGCACAUCUCCCAUAAUACUGUACCAAGAUAGCAUCGUCACUUGUACUGUAUCAGGUCUGCAAGUUCACUUGACAAUAAAAUUCCAUAAUCCUCCCCUAUGUAUUUCUCCUUGAAACUCUAAUAAAACCGCAGCUUUCGUUCAA